CGAUCCGAACGAUGGGCGCCCAUUUCCGGGUCUGCCAACAUAGACAUGAGCAUUCGGACUUACGUAUUCAACAACCCCGAGGAAGCAUACAAGUACAUUUGCUGGUGCCACCCGCCAUUUCCGGAGAAGGACGACGACGACGAUGACGACGAUGACGACGAUGAUGAUGACGAAGACGAGGACAAGGAAAAGUGCGAUGGCGGCGACACGUGCCUGUGCAAAAAGCCCGCCGAGGACCACCCGGACCACAAAUGGAUCACGACUGAGCUCGGCCGACGCAAGUUCUUCGCGGCACGCGACAUGGUGAAUCUGAGGGACCCGGAUAACUUUUCGAUGCAUACCUACUCGGAUCAUGCCGGGUGGGGCGUGGUGGAGGUGAUCCAGAAUUUGCUGUUUAAUGUUGCGGAGGCGGACGGGGAUUGGAGAGCGCAAUGGGCUGCGUGCGAAGCGCUGGGUUUUUUUCUGCGGACGGACAUGAUCGAGCCGAUGGUUGACGACUCCGACGGCGUCCGCGAACUGAUCCGUCUCGUCGGGCGGACCUUCCUCGCCAUGCUCGACCUCUUCGCACGGUCAAACCUCCGCCCAGACUCCCCAGUCAAAAACCUCGCCCUGAUGAUGACCAUGUACACCAAAUUCGGCGUCGACAUACACAACGACAUGAUUGGCCUGAAAGGUGGCAAAGACGAAACCGUCAAAGUCACAGGACCAAACGGCGAAACGGAGAUGUUCAAAUUCAACAUGGACAGAUUCGACGAGUGCAUAGCCGGGUAUGCGGACCGGCAUGGCAUUGUGCUGCCUGAAAUCUACCCCGAGGACGCGGCCGAGAUGUUGCCUGAGAUUCCUACAAAGGAGGAUCCGUGGAAUACUGCUGCGGCGUUUAGGAAGUAUGAGAGAUGGUAUGGCACAGUCCGGAACGGGGGGCCCGAGUCGCGGCCGACGAUUGGUGGGGAUAAGCUCGAUAUUACGACGUGGACGAGUAAUGAGCGCAAGGCGGAUAGUUUGACCAAAAGGGAUCCGCUUGGUGAGAGGGCGAUUGCGGCGUUGAAGAUGGGUAUGAUUAUGUCGCUUGAGUAG